AUGGUCAUCGUCCUUAUGAACGAGGAUAAUAAUAUUCGAUCGCUCGGUGGUACCUCCGACCCCCUGUCCGUUCUGAACGAACGGGGAUCACAGAUCGGAAUUACUCUUAAUUGGAGCGACAGCUCUACUGGCGAAGCACAUCUCAAGACCUGGUACGCAGAAGUCAAAGUGAAUAAUGUCACCAAAGGAGUCGGGCGAGGCAAGACCAAACAACUCGCUCGGAAGGAGGCGGCUUCUGCCGCAUUGAGAGCUCUAGGGUGGUCUGGAGCGUCACCCCACUUCCAAGCCGGACGGGGACAAGUUACAUCCCCUAAGGCUCUGGAAACUUUCGCUUUGGAGAAAGGAUACACGGUGGCGUGGAAGAAGGAGUCCUCUGGGCCCGGUCACAUGCUCUGGUGGUCGGUGUGGUGUCUCGUCAAUGGCGAAGUCAGAGGAACCGGCCAUGCCGCAAAGGUAGAACAGGCUAAGAGGGAGGCUUCCAGGGAGGCCUUUGUCAACAUGGGAUGGGUCGAUCCCACCGCCGACAUCGGUGACAACCAUUCCGACGGCAUCGUCGAGUCCGACGACGGUAGCGAGACUAUCAUGACCUGA